AUGACGGCUUAUAUCAAAAAGAGAUUAAAGCGAGGCAAAAAAGCCUAUAAUACUGGGAACAUGACCAAAUAUAGACAAUUGGGUGAUAAGAUCAUUACACUUAUCAAGAAAGCUAAAGCAGAAUUUUAUUCAUCUAAGGUCAAAAGCAAACGCAAACACGAUGCAGCAAAAUGGCAUAGAACGAUAUCCCAGUUAGCUGGCUUUGAAGGUGACAAUCUAAACAACAACUUAAUCUCAGACAGCACUCCCGAUACAGUGGAAAUACUGCAGAAUAUAUUUACUAAACCAUGGUCAAAACUUCCUGAAACCAUAAUCCCUAGUCUUGAAGACGUAGCGUCAUCACUGAGGCAAGAAAAUACUCCUACUCCCUCAAUUGGACAGGUUAAGACUGCCUUGAAACAACUAAACUCUAAAAAAGCCAACGGGUCCGAUGGGAUUCCAGCAUGGGUGCUUAAACGAUACUGUGAAGAACUAGCGCCCAUCGUUCAUGACAUUAUUUGCGCCAGUAUAAAAGAAUGUGAAUAUCCAACUGAAGGUCAAUCCACCUAGAGAUAUAGAGAAUGACUUUCGCCAGAUAUCCAUUCUUCCCCAAAUGGCUAAAGUGCUGGAAAAGCUGCAGCUCAAACUGAACCUUCCCAGUUCACGUAUAAAUGAUAAUCAGCAUGCCUUUACAAGCAAACGAUCAACCGUGUCCGCACUCACCAACAUCUCGCAGAACUGGUUUAAUGUGACCGACAAUACUCAUAGCGCCAAAAAUGGAGUUCAUGCACUAUUCAUAGAUUUUCGCAAAGCAUUUGACCUUGUUGACCACGGAAUUCUACUUCGUAAGCUCGCAGAAAUGAAUGUAACCAAAGCCUUUUGGCUAUGGACGCGUAGUUUUCUGGAAGAUAGAAGACAACAGGUCAAACUAGCAGGAACCCUAUCAUCGGUCAAACCUUGUCCUGCAGGAGUCCCACAAGGUUCUGUGAUGUCCCCCGCUCUUUUUAAUAUUCACAUUAACGAUAUUGAGAACUCAAUCUCAGAUGGAUUAUCCAUAAACAUAUGCAAAUACGCGGAUGAUUGUACACAGGACGAAGUGGUGUCACAAGGUUCAUCCAGCCAUAUGCAGGAGGCCCUUGAAGCAGUACAAGAAUGGUCUAAUAGGAACAAAAUGACGAUAAAUUCGAAGAAAACAAAAGAUAUGUGGAUAUGUUUUAACACAGCAAUGCCGGUACCAGAACCAUUGGUCAUUGGAAACGAGGUAGUGGAAAGAGUAAAUUCUCAUAAACUGUUGGGUGUCUGGCAUCAAAACAAUUUGAAAUGGAACUGUCAUGUUAAGAAUAUUGUAAGGAAAGCAAAUAAACGAAUGUUUAGUCUGAGAGAAUGCCGUAGGGCGAAUCUUCCUCCUGAGGUCGGUAUUACAUGUUAUGAAUCCAAGAUUAGACCUGUUUUAGAAUAUGCAGCUCCGAUAUGGGGUGGUUUACCACAAUAUCUCAUUGAUGAAAUAGAGAGCAUUCAAAACAGAUGCAUCAAAAUCCUCGGCACAUCUCGGUGCAACUUGGAAACGCUAGAACAAAGAAGGGCACACCUAACUGUUAAGGAAUACCAAAGAAUUCUAAGUGAUCCGACCAACCCAUGUAAUAAACUUAUCCCCCAACCUUUUACCCAUGAACACGAUCUAAGAACAACAAGUAAUCUACCAUAUGUUGUAUCGUAUACUAAAAGACACCGGCAAUCCUUUAUACCUAGAGCUAUAUCCCUUUUAAAACAGUCCUAAAUUAAUUUUAUAGAAUAUAUAACUAGUAUAAACAUUUUUAGCAACAUUGAUGUAAAUAAUAGUAAAAUUUCUUCUUAUCAAUUUUAACCUUAGCACUUCUUGUAAAUCCAUUGUACUUUUUUAACCAAAGAUGGAUAUUAAAUGUUAUUAAAAUACGAAAACUUGCUGAAGAUAAUGUAUCCGUCAAAGAAUCGAUUCAAGACUCGCUGCAGGCUCCAAUGUCCAUGCUCGAAGGACUGAUUAUGAAUUUAAAACUUAAAGAAGAUCAGUUUUCUAUAUUCCAGGCGUCAAAGAGCGAUGACAUGGAAAACCUGUGGGCAAAUAUUUUGAAGAUAGACCCAACCAUGACCCGACAAUGUACAACAAAGAAGUCAAUAGAGAAGAAGCAGUUGUUUAAUAAGUUUCUUGAAACCCAUUGCAGAAUACGACAUUAUAUGUUCAGCAUAAAAAAAUGUGGUAAAGAUAGCUGCACCAUUUGCAAGGCACCCAGACUACCAGCUGAAUUGUUCAACGAGAUACACCACUUACCAGAUCCAGAACCAAUUCGACCCGACCACAACAAGCCAUUUGAUGAUGUGUACGGCCAGAAAACCUCGGAAAAGUACCGUCCGUCUUUAGUUCAGAGAAACCAAAGCAAUCAUGGAAUGCCCUUUUCACCAAGUGCUCAGUGUGCCAAGAAUGUCGGAAUUGUGGUUCAAUGUCAAGAUUGUGACAAAUGGAGAUGCCUGUAUUCCAAGAAAAAGAUUUCCCGUAAACUGCAUGGUAAAGUUGAAAGUGCGUUGGAGGAUUUGUCCUACACAUGUGGCAGUGUGUUCUCGGAUUUGGAGGAUGAAGAAAUGAGAGGGGUUUUUGAUUCAGUGUUUGUGAAGGCCAGUCUCGAUUGCAGUCAACCAACAGAAAAGCCUUGGUAUGCAGCAGGUUUUGAAGACAUUUGCUUCUUUUGUGGCGUUGAAGACGAUCAUAAUACCAAUCCCGAAAGCUAUCCACUAUGUGAAGAGUGCAAGAAAACUCGCAAACCAGAGAAGCGAUCAUCAAGAAAGAAGUCUAAAAAAACUUGA